AUGUCCCAAGUGCCUAAUCCCCAGUUACCUUGCUGCAUCACAGAGGAGCCAUACUGUGGGACACACCCAGAGCCAUCACAGCUCUUCAGUGAGAAUGACAAAGUCCUCGUGUCCAGCAAAUGUUUCCAGUCUCAAGAGCACAAGCAGCAUUCAGCAUAUGGUACCCAAGAAGCUACUGAGUACUAUAGGUUGUUCCAGGAAACCCUGGUUACACUGAGGGAGAAGCUUGAAGCAGCUAAGAUCUUACUGGCAGAAGAGCGAGAGAAAAUGGUGACGACUCAGGAAGAAGAGCAGAGGUUGAAAGAGAUGAUCGAGGCCGAGUAUAAGAUGCAAUUCCAGUUACUGACUGAAGAGAAGGAGCUGCAGUUUCCAAGACUGCCCGCCUGCAAAGCUGACCUGAACUUAAAUGGACCUCAGCAGGACCAGUUGAUGAAGUGUGGCACUGAGCUCAUGCAGAAGUCCCAAGAAAUGCUACAGAGACUCAGGCACCUGGGGAGAGAGAGCAUGGACAAACUGAAGGCGAGUGAAGUCCGGCUUCGUGAGCACCUGUGCAGCCUCCAAGAGAUCAUCACAGACCUAGAGAAGAACUGUGGAGAACCUGCCCUGGCACUGCUCCAGAAUGCAGAGUGCUAUUUAAAAAGGAGUGAAGCUAUACUGCUUCAGAGCCUACAGCCAGCUCAGGUAACAGACCUGAGUUCCUGCCAGAUAAUAGGAAUGAGCAAUGUUCUACUGAAGUUUCAAAGACGUAUUACUUUGGACCCAGACACGGCUCACCCCUCCCUAGUCUUAUCUGAAGACCUGAGAAGUGUGGGAUGCGGAGAGACUUCGAAAACUGGGCCUGACACUCCAAGGAGAUUUGACUUCGGCGCUUCCGUGUUGGGUGCAGAGAGCUUCACCUCGGGGAGGCAUUAUUGGGAGGUGGCUGUGGGGCAGGCAACCCACUGGCAGGUGGGCAUAUGUGACUGUACAGAGAGAAAGGAUAGCAUUUCCGGGGCUUCCGGAGAUAAAGUCUUGCUCAUGGGGUCCAUGAUGGGAGCUGAUUGUACCCUCUGGGUCUUUCCCCCUUUAAGAAAGGUCUGCCAGAGAAAGCAAAUGUACAAAGUUGGAGUCUUCCUAGACUGUGAAUGUGGGCAAGUAUCCUUCUACAAUGUGACAGAACAAUCCCUGAUUUACAGUUUGUCUGACCUUACCAUCCGAGGAGCUGUUAAACCAAUAUUUUCUCUUUGUAUUCCAAACGGAGGCAUGAGUUCAGGCUCUCUCACUGUCUGUCUCCCCCAGACUCAUCCCUGA